AUAAGAUGCCUUGUUCUGUAUCGUGCUUAAUUUUAUUAUUAUACAUAUUAAUUAUGUGACAUGUCCGCGUUAUUUUCCGAUCAAAGAUUUUAUUUUUAAUACAAGAGAUCGAUGCUGUUUAUCGGCGAAAGUCUAGUGCACGCAAGAUGAAGAAGUGCUGUAAAGUAUAAUUAUUGCGCGGGCGCGGGUCAAUAAUCCGUGCCACGUUGCUUGGCGACGGUAUUCCUACUCUGAACCUUUGGAACAGCCGGCGCGAAGUGCUCCUCUUCCUUCUUCAGCUGCUCCAGACUCCAGACAGAAGCCGUCCGAUCUUCUGCACGACGCUAUCAGAGACGAAAACGAAGAUCUUGUCUUCCAACUUCGUUGGCUGUGACUCCUCCUGCAGUGCCUUGUCUCCGUUCGCGAAGAGAACUAGCCAGAACUGGAAGUGAUAUGUUGAAGAAGAAGGACGAGUCGAGGGAAAAUAUAUCUACGUUAAACGAUGAAUUACGCAUAGAAACAUCUAUGAAAAACUUGUCAGGAUGUUGGUCAUCAUUGAAACGAUCGUUUAAUAAUAACUUUGAAAGACUAUUCAAUUUUAAAGCAAGCAAUGUGUCAAGUUUUGAAAAAUUUACUCAAUUCCUCUAUCGUCCGACUGAUCCAGCCAGUCUGGGAGUGGCAAGAGCCUUAUUUGGAUUGUGCAUGAUAAUAGACAUCGUCGAGGAGAGAGGAUUUGCAAACAUCGACAUAAAAUGGGGCGAUCCGUGGGACUGUCAUUUCCCAUUGAUCCACGGGAUGAAGACACCGUCACUUCCGUGGAUGAUAGUAAUAUACACGAUAAUGUGGACAGGUGCCUUCGGAAUCGCUCUUGGUCUGCACUUCAAGAUCGCAUGCGCCUGCUUCGUGUUGCCCUACUGGUACAUUUUUCUUCUCGACAAGAGCUAUUGGAACAAUCAUACUUAUCUCUACGGCAUCGUGGCCACUUUAUUUUGGGGAACGGAAGCGAACAAAUAUUUCGCAUUAGAUGCAAAUAACGCGAAACGAAACGGCAAUUCCGUGCCGUACUGGAAUUAUUUCAUUCUGAAAUUUCAAUUUUUCGCUCUUUACUUUUUGGCCGGUUUGAAGAAAUCCGGCAGGGAAUGGCUCGAAGGCUACGCUAUGAUAAAUCUAUCCAGACACUGGGUAUUUGAUCCAUUCAAAAUAGUUUUAACAGCUGAACAGAUUGACUUUCUAAUCGUCCACUGGUUCGCUUUUAUUUUCGAUCUAUCUGUCGGAUUCUGGAUGCUGUUUGAAAGAACACGAAUACCGGCCAUGAUAUUCUGCGCUGCUUUUCACAUAAUGAACUCGAGAUUAUUUAGUAUAGGGAUGUUCCCGUAUGUGUGCCUAGCGACAAUGUCAUUAUUUUGCAGCGCAAACUGGCCACGUAGAUUAAGACUUUACUUUAGCUGGAAGCGAGAGAUUUUGCUGACUGAUGUAAAUUUAAUUGCAAAUAGCAUGAAAGAAACUAAAAGUCAAAUAAAAGAAUCUCCAUCUUCCGAUUGUUCCACGUUGCCUUCGAAUAAAAUUUCAUAUAAUGAAACACUACAUAAAGAGAAAAGAACAAGGGAGAAAGAAGAUAAAAAUUAUUCUGUCAAAUCAGAAUCUAAUAUUAAAGUCCAAAAAAAUAACGACCAAAAAGAUAAUGAUAUGCAAUCAUCGAAAAAUUCAAUUAAGUCCGAUGAAAAGGAAGCAGUAAAUAUUCAUAAAAAAAUUCAGAAAAGUCAGCAACCACCAAAAGCUACAAGAAAACAAAAGUUUGUGGUGUCUCUGUUGUUGUGUCAUGUUGCGCUACAAUUUUUUUUACCAUAUUCGCAUUUUAUAUCAAAGGGUUACAACAAUUGGGUACCUGGUUUAUACGGUUAUUCUUGGGAUAUGAUGAUUCAUGCCUGGGAUACUAUACUGGUAGUGAUCAAAGUGCAUGAUAACGAGAAUAACGAAGUUCGAUAUCUAGAUCCUGAAGCAUGGGUUCAAGGAAAUCGAUGGGUGAGACAUGGGGACAUGGCAAUUCAAUAUUCGCAAUGCUUAAAGAAUAAUCUAAUGCGUCGAAAAGAGGAAACAUUAAAUAGCCAUUAUCGAAUUGAGGAUAAAGAAAAAUGGAUGAGACUGUCCACAAAUUUAAGCAUUUACUUGGAUGUGUGGUGCUCGCUAAACAGCAGAUUUCAACAGAGAAUAUUUGACCCAAACGUCGAUAUGUUGACGGUCGAUUGGCAUCCUCUUAAACCUAUUUCAUUUCUGAUGCCAUUACUCACGCGAUAUAAUUCAUAUCGAUAUAAAUUGGACGAAAUUCAACAGCACGUAUACACCUGGUCGAAUUAUACGGAUGUGUUAUUCGUAGCAGAUUUUCCAGGCAUGUAUUUGGAAAAUUAUAUAUCCACUGAUUUUGCGAAUGUCUCUCUGACUGUGUUAGAAGGUGAAGUAACGUAUAACGAGGAAGAAUCAGCAAGUACGAUUACCGUAUCAAAGGAAAAAUCAAUUCCCGUAAAAACAGGAAUAUUUCAUCGAAUAAAGACUACGAGUUCCUAUCCGGCGUGCUACAUGUAUACUUACACCAAUCAAACGAAGGAGCAAUUGGAUAGCGAUAGCAAAAAACUUCCUCCAGUAGAAAACACGCUGCCGUUGUUAAAAGAAAUUAAUCAUAAGAUCACUGCAUGGACAAGAACGUUCGAUCAUAUAGCAAAUGCUUUUUUCAAUUUGGUAUAUGACGUUCCUAUGGUGCGACGAGUGCGCGUUAACAAAUAAUGAGCAUUAAUAAUUAGUGUGAGAAAAAAUUGUAUUCUUAGUAUUUUUUUUAAAUUUCAUUUAUGUUGAGUUAAUUUAUAUAAAAUUUAAUUACCAACAAAUUCAGUAAUAUAGAAAUUUGACAGAUCUCCAAUAAAAAAUUUAUCAGGAGAAAUUAAAUUUAUACUGAAGUAUAUGCAGUUUAUAAAUACAGUACAAUUUCAUACAGUUGAUAAGUAUUUAUUAUAAAAACUUUUGUAUAGUAUAUUAUAAAAUAUUUCUAAUUAAUUAUGAUAACCAUCACCUCGUCGGUGUGAUAACUCUUCAAUAACAGUAGAAAAAGAAAGAGAAAACUCUCUUUCUUUAUUUAUAUACAUUCAUAAAUAUUUAUGUAUAUAUAUAUAUAUAUAUACAGGGUGGUCCUCGAUAUUUAAAUCAGUUACGAUAAUUUAACAAAAAUGAUAAAUAGAAAUUUAUUAAUUUCUAACC